CAAGGACGCAGAAAGCAAGGUUCCUUACACCUGGUUCUCCCCCACAAAUGUGGCAGCAAGAGAACUGAAGGCCAGGUUGAAUUACGUCCCUCCCCUCGACGAGAAUAUCAAGAGAGUCACCAAAGAACUUUGUGACGGAUUCAAUGCUCUAGGCGGAGAGAAGUACAACAUAGAUGAAGAGACGGUCCUAAGUAUGUUUGAUGCGGGUUACGAGACCACCGUCCCGAUGUUUCAUCCGCUUCGUGUUGAGGAAAUCCGUGAUCUACCAAUGGAUCUAAAGAAGCACCUUCGGAUGCUACCUUCUCAGGCUAUUAGAAAGAAACUUGAUCAGGACAUUGAAUCUUCCAAGGACCCUUGCCAAUCCAGAUGGAAGAAGAUCAGAUACGGGGCUUGGUAUCUGGACCCCAAGACAUGGAAAAAACAGGAUGUGAAUGAACCUUUAGAAAACCCCAAAGAGAACAGCAUCAAGAAUUCCAGAAGGUUCUUAAGGGAAGAGGAUGCCGAGCUCAUACAACUUCAUGGAACUCAUGCUUUCCGGGAAUUUCUGGUAGAAAAAGGUUAUCGGAUACCAGAGUUUUUGCAGCGGGUGCUGGAGGAACCGAAAGGGCUUGAACCCAAAGUGGGGGUUUUGAAGAACACCAAGGAAGAACCCCAGAGAUGCAAAGACCUCCAAGAAGAUUAUUCAUGA